AUGGGUUUUCUAGCUUUGGAACCUCACUCUCGUUUGGCCGCCCCAGACUCUCCUCCUGGGCUGGUUAGCCCUUCUUCAUCCUCCUACUCUUCCAGAUCAUCUCCUCCAGCGGAAAGACCUUGGAACCCCGGAUUUGGCUUCACCUUUCCUCCCAUGUCCAACUACGAGCAUGGCUCAGCGGCCGGCAUGUCGACUGUUGGAAAGAGCCUAGAAGAUGGCCCGAGCCGUACGACUUCGGCCCAAGGUGCCCCUCGGCAGCAACUACCUUCAUUGAGCAGCCUGUUUGGACCGCCGUCUUCAGUCAGACCUUUGCACUCGCCCUCUUCCGACCGACCCGGCACAUACCCGGCGACAUCUCCUCUGGACCGGCCGCGCAUACCACAGCCUCACGGGGAUCGUUCUUAUUCCACCUCAUACUUCCCUCCGCAGGAAACUUCACCGGCCAUGUCCCAGCCGCGCAGUACCUAUGAAGCGAAAUACGACCAUGAGAGGCAAGCGUUGCAUGGGCUGUCUCACUCUUUCUCGGGACCCGGAUCCCCAAGAUACCACGAGUCAGAACAUGUGCGACCCGAGUCCAGAUCCGACGCUGGCUUGAGUAACAAAUGGUCGAUGCACAACGAGACAGCAAAGCACGAGUAUGCCCUCGUGUCCAGAGAGAGCCAUCCUUCCCUACAAGCCUCUCAUGACAGAAUGGGAUAUCAAUAUCCCAGCAACAACGACCCGUCUCUCUACCGAGACCACUGCCCCUCAUCCGGGUCCGGUCUCAUGCAUACACCGACGCAAACCAGCACGGCGGGCUCAGAGGGGGUCCCGUCAAAGGAUGGCCUCGGCCCCAAGAUCUGGACGGGAACCCACUUUCUUCCUCGGUUUGUCCGCGCUGCCGAAGUGCCAGGAGAGGGCAUGUGCUACUUUUACGACGAUGGUAGCCACUGCAAGACUGUCAUUGAUGGCGAGGCGGUCAAUGCCCACUGGGGCGUGACCAAGGCUGGAAAGCCGAGAAAGAGGCUAGCGAUUGCGUGCGUCACUUGCAGAGAGAAGAAGAUCAAGUGUGACCCGGACUACCCUCGCUGUGUGCAAUGCGAGAAAUUUGGCCGCGUCUGCAAAUUCAAGAACGCACCACGAGGCGGCCACAACACGUCUCCAUCAACGCCUCCCGCAGAGACAGACGACGUGCGACGGUUGGGAGGCUCGGCCAAUCCGAACGACAUGCACCGGCCCGGCAGUAACUCUAGUGCCUCUGUCUCCCCGCGUACAACAUACCGGCAACCGAGCCCAGAGCCCUCGAUGCCUCAUAAGAGGAUGCGUCUGGGUUUCGACUCUUACCUCUCAACGAGGGACGAGCCUCCGGCGUCAUUUAGCCGUACAGCCGAGACGGCCAAGGCAAGCAUCUCUUGGCAGCACCGCCAGCCAAUUGAGCUCCCUCGUAUUCACGAGGACGUGUUGAACCGAGCAUGGCAAUCAGAUCCGUACGUCUCCGACCCUCAGUCAAUUAACCCCGUAAUCUCCUCCUUCUUCCACCCUGGCCCUUGGCUUUUGCCUGAGACACCGUUCAAAUCCUGGGUGAUCGAUAAUGCUCAUACAAAGUCACCAGAAGACAUGAUGCUCACCUAUAGCAUCCUCGCCGUCGGCGUUGCCUUGUUGAACGGGCCCAAACGAGCCGCCCACGAAUAUGCCCAAGUCGCCUGCUAUGCGCAGCAGCGUGCCGCCUCCGGCCUCCAACUAGUGCAAGCCCGUCUCCUGCUAGCGCUUUACUACAUGUCCCUGUCCAACCCGACCGAAGCAAGCGACAUGUCGAGUGCAGCUAUCUCGACGGCCGCGUACCUGCAACUGAAUCUAGAACUCGACAAAUCGAUGGAAGCGCAUCUGGCAGUGUUCCCCUGCGGCUUGAACAGAGCAGGGUUUGCGGAAAGUAGAAGACGGACUUAUUGGGCGUGUUUUGUACUCGAACGACUCAACGGCGUAUCUCCGAACCGUCUGAGCUUUCUCAACCCCAAAGAUAUCUUCAUCCGGCUGCCGUGCGAAGCAGAGGUGUUUGAGAAGCAAGAAGAGUCACAGGUCCCGUUCUUGUCGACACAAUUGCCUAGCGCAUCCAAGUUGGCUGACGAGCCUUUGGCACUAUCAGCUUAUCUUGUUCAGCUAGUCAACCUUUGGGCGGAGGUUAUGGCUAAUACAUACAGAUCCGCCCAGUGUUCCUCUGUGGACGGCGGUACCACUGCCUUCAUCGAAAGCACCACAAAAAUGUUUGUCGGCUGGCAGGAGUCUCUUCCGGAGCGAUUUACCUACAAUGCCGGCAAUAUGGAAUUGGCUGCUCAGGAUGGAACUCUUAGUACGUUCCUUACAAUUCACCUUCCGUACCACCACGGCCUGAUCAAGCUCCACCGACACAUCCGCAACACAGAGCGUAUUGCCCCGGCGCGACGGCUGCAACACCUGUGGCGGAUAGAUGAAGAAGCAAGACGAGUGCUGGACAUCACGGGCAUGUUGGAAGUGCUACUUCGAGCCAGACGAACCCCAUUGGGCGCACCCUCGCCGUUCAUGAGCUACGUCAUCCUGGAAGCCGCCGACGUACUCACUGCCGAGGGCUCUUUCUCGGAAGUCUCGGUCCUUUUGGAUCGACUGGCUAUUGCGAGUGCCGUAGUCGAUGCCGCAAGUACAGUCUGGGAGGAAGCACGAGCCCACCUAGUGGCCUUGGAACAUCGACAAGACGCAUUGAGGCUUUUGCGUGACUGCCAACCCGGGGACGUAUCACUAGCGGGGGGCAAGGUUUUCCUCAACAUAGACGAUAAAGAGGACAGCAAGCUGCCUCUGGGGAACUGCUGGCAGAUGGAGGAGCCUAUGGGCGCAACAUUCGGAAAAUUCAUGGAUAUUAUAUAUACGCGGAGUUAA